UUUCGACACAAAUUGCAAUCACUCAGAGAUUAAGAAUCGGCCAUGGUUGAUAAUAGGGAAUCUCAAUCGACGAUACUUCAGUUCGCUCCAUUGAACAGUUCCGUUGACGAAGGUUUCUGGCACAGCUUUUCCUCUUUGAAACUCGAUAAGCUCGGAAUCGACGAUUCUCCCAUCUCCAUCACCGGUUUCUAUGCACCAUGUUCUCAUCCACAAGUCUCAAACCAUCUGACUCUGCUUUCACAGUCAUUGCCUUCUUCAGAUGAUGAACAGUCAUCGACGCAAAGUACUAUGCAUGGGAAUAGGAACAAGUGUCCUGUUCCAGGGACUCUGUACAACACCAACACCGUGGAAAGCUUUAGUAAACUCGACAAACAAAGCUUGCUAAAAGCAGAAGCUAAGAAGAUUUGGGAAGAUAUUCAAUCAGGAAGAGCUCUUGAGGACUGUGCUUUGUUAUCUAGGUUCCUUGUUAUCUCCUUCGCGGACCUUAAAAAGUGGAGUUUUCGUUAUUGGUUUGCGUUCCCUGCACUUGUGCUUGAUCCUCCUGCAAGCUUGGUUGAAUUAAAUCCAGCUUCUGAGUAUUUUAGUUCAGAAGAAGCAGAAUCGGUAUCUGCUGCGUGUAAUGAGUGGCGUGACUCAAGUUUAACUACAGAUGUUCCAUUCUUUUUGGUUUCGGUUUCCUCUGAUUCAAAAGCUACUAUCAGACAUCUUAAAGACUGGGAAGCCAGCCAAGGUGAUCAUCAUAAGUUGCUUUUCGGUUUCUAUGACCCGUGUCACCUUCCUGGCAAUCCUGGCUGGCCACUUCGAAAUUAUCUAGCACUUAUUCGCUCAAAAUGGAACCUCGAGACUGUUCGGUUCUUCUGCUACAGAGAGAGUCGCGGUUUUGCUGACAUGAGCCUUUCCCUUGUUGGUCAAGCCUCGAUUACUCUUCCAUCAGAUUCAUCAGCUGAGACUGUACCUAACUCAGUGGGAUGGGAGCUUAACAAAGGAAAACGAGCUCCCCGAUCCAUUAGCCUUGCUAACUCCAUGGAUCCAACAAGGUUGGCUGUUUCUGCUUGUGAUUUGAACUUGAAGUUAAUGCGAUGGCGUGCGUUACCAUCUCUAGACUUAAACGUUUUGUCCUCUGUCAAAUGCCUUCUUCUUGGAGCUGGUACAUUGGGUUGCCAAGUUGCUCGUACCCUUAUGGGUUGGGGAAUCCGCAACAUAACCUUUGUUGACUAUGGCAAAGUAGCUAUGUCUAAUCCAGUCAGGCAAUCUCUCUACACGUUUGAAGACUGUGUAGGUCGUGGCGAGUUUAAAGCCGUUGCUGCUGUUAAAAGCCUUAAACAGAUCUUUCCAGCUGUGGAAUCUAGUGGAGUUGUUAUGGCUAUACCGAUGCCUGGACAUCCGAUUUCUAGCCAAGAGGAAGAGUCUGUUCUUGGUGAUUGCAAACGCCUUCGUGAUUUGAUUGAAUCUCAUGAUGCAGUGUUUUUGCUGACUGAUACAAGAGAAAGCAGGUGGCUACCUUCUCUUCUUUGUGCUAAUGCUAAUAAGAUCGCUAUAAACGCUGCUUUAGGUUUCGAUAGCUACAUGGUAAUGCGACAUGGCGCUGGUCCUACCUCAUUGUCUGAUGAAAUGCAGAAUCUUGACAUGAACAAGACAGGAAGACAGAGACUUGGUUGUUAUUUCUGCAACGACGUUGUUGCCCCUCAAGAUUCAAUGACUGAUCGAACUCUGGACCAACAAUGCACUGUUACACGCCCGGGGCUAGCUCCUAUUGCAGGAGCUCUAGCCGUUGAACUCUUAGUCGGAGUUCUACAGCACCCACUUGGGUAAGUCUUUUGAAAGUCUGACUCACUCCAGAGGCUUAUCUUCUUACAUAUGUUGUUUUAUCAGUAUAUAUGCAAAAGGAGACAACUCGAGCUCAAGUAAUGGAGGAAACACGGAUGAAUCACCUCUCGGGAUCUUACCUCAUCAGAUUCGAGGCUCAGUUUCUCAGUUCUCACAGAUCACGCUGCUGGGCCAAGCUUCCAACAGCUGUACAGCUUGUUCUGAAACCGUGGUAACAGAGUAUCGAGAAAAAGGAAACAGUUUCAUACUUGAAGCCAUUAACCAUCCUACAUACUUGGAGGAUCUGACCGGUUUAACCGAGCUUAAGAAAGCUGCUAAUUCGUUUAGCCUUGAUUGGGAAGACGAUGAAGAUGACGAUGAAGCUGUAGAUAUGUAAUAAGUUAUUUUCCUUACAGAUUUUAUAUGGUGGUCAUGUGGUCUUCUUGAUAAUCUCAAGUGGCUGGACCAUCAUUUUCCAAGUUAAUUUCGCUAAGAACAUUCAGUUAGUUGUCAUUCAUAGAAGUGUUGAUUCACGCCUUAUUGUUAAUAACCUUUUUUCUUAUUCUGCGUUGUUUUACGAUUUGAACCGAUCUGAAAAAC